CAGAACCGAGGCGCAGUAACAUGAGGAGCUGAGCUGAGAGAGAGAGAGAGAGAGAGAGAAACGUGUGAUUGACAGUGGAGUUGCUUCUCUUCCUGCCAACGCGCCCAAAGGAAAACUACAAACAUCUCAUGUCGACGAAGAGUGGAGUCCAGUUUGACAUAUUAUGAUUUGUCAAUAAACAAAGAUACUCAGUAUUAAGUGACAGAAGACUAACAACACCAGCCAAUAUUCAUAACAGAGAAGCUGCCAAUGAAAAUAUGGCAUCUAGAAGAGCAACGUCCUUCCGUCGCGUUGGUAGUCUAAUGCGGAGUAAAUCUGAGGGGACACUGAUUGACCUGGGUGACAAUGCCUCAACAAGCAACAACCUGAAUGGUGGGCUUGUGACAGGAAUCACACAGAAUUCUGAGUGGCCACUUUUACUGCCAGAAGUUGCUCAGUCAUCUCAGACAAAAAAUCCCUUCUGGAACAAACUGUCUGGUUCUAACCCUUUCUUAGACGACAUUGUAAACAGCAGCACAGACAAACACAUUUCUAACUCGUCAGCUGUAAAACGAGACAAUGAAAAAAAACAUCUGGACACAUAUAACGACGACGCCAUCAGCACAUCUUCAGAUGAAGGAAACGUGGGGAAGUUUUUGGAAAACAAACACAAUGUCACCAACAGAUCUGGGAGAUGGAGGAGUGCUUCGGACAUCCUGGAUGAGCUGGAGAGAAAAGUGCCAAAACGGGAGGACAGCUUCAAACCGCCCAUGCCAGUGCUGAACCCAGACUUUGAGUGGCUGAAGAAUGACAGAGAGGCCUAUAAAAUGGCCUGGCUGAGCCACAGGCAGUUAACCCGCUCGUGCCUGGAUUUAAAUCUGAUGAGCCAGAGCCCCGGAUGGGCUCAGACCCAGGCCACUGGCUUUCAGGUUAUUAGCAGGAUUGGCCACACUGGAGGCACAGUACCGUUACCGGACUUAGAAGUUAGCAUGCAUAUACCAGAAGGCCAUGUUCCUCCUGGGGAAGUCCAGGAAGUCACACUGAAAGCAAUGCUAGACCCUCCUCCUGGACUCAAUAACAACUACAUGACAACCAUGAGUCCGCUGCUCGAGGUGGUUCUCAGCAACAUCAACACAAAGGAGUGUAUCUCUCUAGAGGUGAAACUGUCCGGAGAGGUGAAGAGUGACCCGUUAAGUCAAGUGAUGACCACCGUCUCCGGGCUGGUGUCCAACAAGAGAGAUGGGCCUUAUCUAAAAGUGAACGACUGUCACAUUUACAAGAACAGGAUGGAGAUGAAGCUUCAGGAUCUGAAAACACAUUUUUAUGUGAUUGCAGUCGCAGAGGCCUCUGCAAUCCAGUCGCCUGCUACAUCAGUAUGGGAUUACCUUGACCGGCAAAUCACUGUAGCAGUUUAUGGUCCCAGGUACAUCCAUCCAUCAUUUAAAGUAGUAAUAGUGGUUUGCUGUCAUGAGGAUGUUCCACCAAAGCUUCCAUUUUCAGAUAUAUGUAGAGGCAACAAAUACCUGCCUCCUCUUGUGCUGCAGCUGUGGGGAAAACAUCGGUUUAAACCAGACAAAGUGAACGAUCUCCAUGUCAAAGUCAGCAUCACAGGCUCCGUGUUUAAAAUCAAACCUGAGGACAAACUGAAAGAAGUGAGACAAAGUCGGCUCAAAAUAGGGACAGUCUUGAAUUUGCCAGUUGCAUUAUCUUGUGCUGGCAAUACAGAAAUGCCCCCCUUUAAAUUAGAUCUGGAAGUGAAGGAAUCAAACACUGCGACUGUUGCACAUUUCCAGGUGCCCUCCCCUCCUGCACCACCCAUUCGAUCCGAGAAGCGAGUGCCGAGGCAGAUAGAAAGGCGGACUGAAAUAGCAAGAUCCUCUCCCAUUCCUGAGGAGAGAGUUCCAGAUCUCCUCAAAUUUGAAGACAAGCCUGUGAACCUACAGUGGUAUGGUGUCGCUCUCAAAUCAGUCCUCCGUCAGCCACGUGUAGACUACCUCCUGGAGUACUUCAAGGGGGACAGUGUGGCUCUCCUCUCCAGAGAAUCUGUUAGGUCAGUGGGUAACUCAAAAGUAAAGGAGUGGUAUAUCGGAUUUCUGCGAGGUAGGACUGGUUUGGUUCACUGCAAGAAUGUCAAGCUCAUUACCCGAGACCAGGUGAUUGAUUUCACCGGCAUUCGGUUGACCACAGAGGUGCUCCUGGACAACAUGACGCUGCCCUUCAAGAAGCUCACUUACAUGUACUCUGCCAUCCAGACGCUGGUCACUGAGCACAUAACCAGCUGGAGAGGUUUUGCUGAUGCUUUAGGGUACAGCAACCUGUCGCUGGACACAAUCACUCGGAGGCACGCCGAAACAGAGAAUGAUAAGGUGGACUGCGUUCUGGAAAAGCUGAAGGAAGACUGCCACUCUGAGAAGAGCAGGAAAAAGUUUUUGCAUGAACUCAUGGUGGGUCUGCUCAAGAUGGACUCUGUGAGUCUUGUGGCCCAGCUGAUUCAGAACACUGUCAUUCUGUCCACUGCUGUGGAGCUCGGGGCUCGAUGGAGGGAGCUCGCUGACAAGAUGGGAAAACUCUCCAGUGCUCAGAUUGCCGGCUAUGAGUCGCCACAUCGAGGGAAGAGUGGAGAUAUCGGUGCCCAGGCCAUGUGGAAGCCUGCCUAUGACUUUCUGUACUCCUGGAGUCGGCAUUAUGGAGACAGCUACAGGGACAUGAUCCAGGAUCUGCACCUGGUCCUGGACAAAAUGAAACACCCUGCCACCAGACAGUGGAGGCAGCUGACCGGUGCCCUCAUCACAGCAAACUGUCUCGAUAUCUUUCGAGCCUCCGCGUACCCAAAAAGCUAAACCUGUUGCAAAUUCACUCUAGUGAAGACGCCAACCUCCGGGCACUUGGGAAAAACGAAGAGACAAAGAGGUUUUGUUACACUGCGGUAAGGUUUUGAUAAGGGAAUCUUUCCGUUGUCUGUCGUUCUGCUUUUGCUUCUAUUUCAUCAUCAUUUUUCCCUUUACAAAGCAUUAGAUACAACUUAUUUGAACUCUGUCAGGUUCUUGCACUAUAUCUCCAGACCUCACUCAGUGAGUUUACACUAUGUUCUCACGAUCAGUGAGCUGUGAAGGAAUAUCAUUUCAUCUUGAAAUCAGGAGAAUACUAAGCAGCUUGUCACUUUUACCUCUCGUACCGUGCCAGUGUAAUCAAGACUAAAAUUUAAAUUAAAUUUUCAGUACAAGAAAACGCAAUCCCGCUUAUAUGUCCUUACAUCCUGGGUAUAAGUAAGCCACCUAUAGUCAUGGGUUAGCCUCCUAGCACAGCACGCCAACACAUUAAUAACUUUAAAAGGAAUGUAACAGUGACGUUACAUGUAUUCACAUGAAACCGUUUUGUCCAGGAGUCAUGGUCCGGUUCCUGCUCCAGGGCAAUCCAAACAAAUUCUAGCUGUUCAUCUGAUACAUUCCCAGCAGCAAACCAUUAGUUACUAUUUGGGCCAGUUACAUGUUAAUAAAUAAUAUGUUAAUUUUAUGCCUGUGUGCAGACGACAGCCACGGCCAAAUCCGUCCCCUUUGCAUGACAUAUCAUGAACACCUGGAGGGAAUUUCAUUACAUCUGGCACAAACGUUGUUUAAAAAUGGUGGUGGUCUAAAUGUUGCGGUCAAAGGUCAAGGUCACUGUGACAUCACAAAAAGCUUCACCAUUGUGUCACUUAUUAUAGUAUGAGAGUAAGCUGCAAGUACUAGUUUUCUGCACCAUACUGUAAGCAGACAAAUUCAGAGUCAGAAAACCAAUAAAUGUGAACACUGUUGCUGACUAAGAACCGAAAGUGUUUCAGUACAUUAACUUAUAUUUACUGUAGUUUUGUGUGUAGAAAAUGAGAAUGUUCUUCCAAAGUGAAACUAGCUUUUUAAUUUUCCAGAUGAUAGUCAACAAACGAUAAAGAUGUUGUUUUACAGUACAUGUGUCAUAAACUAUUGUUGUUUUUUCGUUUAGUGUAUUUGUUAUUUUUAUACUGUUAUAUAAUAUUUUGUAUAUGUAAAAAGCAAAUAAUUUCACGGGGUAAUCAAUGUAAGCAUUACAUAUUAUUUUUUAGCAUUGUGUUUUAAUUGCCAAAUGGAAACCUCAGUAUUCAGAGUGGUGCCAUGUGAAGUACAUGGCCUUCGGUCACUGAAAUUCUUGACUAUGAUUGACAUUGAUACUGAAAUGGAAAUGUAUUGCAUGAGAUAUUAUUAAAUAUUAACUGCAGUAAGA